UUGGUCGGUCGCGGGUCGGUCGUCACAAAAAUAAAGGUCAAGAGUGAAAUCAAGAGCAGAAGGAACAUGUAUCACCCCGCCUUUAGGCCUGCCUCUUUGGCUCGUUUCCAGAGAGGGCUUCACAGUGCCAUCUUCAACCCAAAGACCUCUCUGCAUCAAGGGGCCAGCUGCUCUUCUCAUCUCCAUGAGGUAGUCUCGGACAGACAGCAUAUGGACUCUAGGAAACAUGUCAUUGGAUGUGUACCAGUGCCAUGUUGGGAUGCAAAUUGUCAGUCUCUACACAAUCCAAUGUGUGCCACGUCAUCAUCAUCACCAUCUUCAUCACCAUCUUCAUCACCAUCUUCAUCACCAUCUUCAUUACCAAACUUUACUAGGAAAGGAUUAAAAACUAAUGAAUUGUCCUGCUGGAAAAAGACAAAUCAAACAUUUUAUCAGCAUCAGAAUCAUUUACCAGGAGCUCGGUUCUCUUCCUACCUCUCUCCAUCAUUACUAUCAAGGCAAUCUGCAACUCCUUUUCUGCAGCCUUUAGGUGUACCCUCAACAAGGCAAUGGGUUCGCCACUCUUCAACUGAGCCUACAACUGCCUACGAGACACUGCUGAACUCCCAACCCGUCCAUUUCGCAGAAAGUAUCUUCCAAUACGUCCACUCUGCAACUGGUUUACCUUGGUGGGCCACCGUCGUAGCCACAACAUUCACUCUGCGAUUUUCGUUGACCCUUCCACUGGCCAUCUACUCUCAGAACAUUCGAGUGAGAGUCGAGAACCUUCAGCCGGAGGUCAUUGCUCUGGCAAAGAGGUCGUUUGUGGAGAGGUUCGCAGCCAGGGCGAAGCAGGAGAAGUGGUCUGAAAAGAGAGCCCAGCGUGCCUUUGUGGGACUUGUUAGACGAUACUCUAAGGAGCUUUACGUUAGGGACAACUGCCACCCUGCGAAAAGUUCCAUACUGUUCCUGGUCCAGCUUCCAAUGUGGAUCUUUCUCUCCCUGGCUCUACGUAACAUGACAGGAGCCUUGUCAGAAAGGAUGUAUGUUGACCCAGCCAGCAUAGUGCCUGACCUAGCAACAGGAGGGACUCUGUGGUUUCCUAGUCUCAUAGUUCCAGACCCAACCUUCAUCUUGCCAGUCCUUGUGGGCGUUCUCAACCUGAGCAACAUUGAGAUGCAUGCACUGCACAAGGGCAGAGUGACGAGAGUGCAGCGAUAUGUGAACAACUCCCUGAGGACGCUGUCUGUAGUCAUGAUUCCCAUUGCAGCUUACAUGCCCUCGGCGAUGGCCCUCUACUGGUCUGUUUCUGCAUUCUACGGCCUGGGACAGAACAUCCUUCUCAAGAUACCCUCGGCUAGACGAGCUCUCGGUAUGCGCUCGUCAAAAAGCGACACCGAUACGCCGUUCUUGGACAUGAGAGAUGAAUUUCUGGUGCGAUACCUGGCAAAGGAUGGAGGGAAGGAGAAGAAGAAGAAUGAACAGUUGGAUGAAUUGAGGGAUGGAGAGAUAGUGAAAUCAAAGAAGACAGAUUUAUGACAUAUUUCGGGGUGAUUUUCAAGUCAUGUGGAUUUUAUCAUGCCUUUAUUGUGAAUGUAUCUAAGUCUGUUCUUAUUAUUGGGUUUUCUUUUUCUUAUUCCAUGGAAUAUCUUCGAUUCAGAAAGUAAAGUGCCUUAUUAAAGAGUAAUAAUAGAAAAAAUGAUAGGAAUUAUAUCACCCAAAUUUAACUCUUUUAUGGUAACAGAAUACUGGUAGGUUAAUUGAUUGGAGGUGAAAGGCCUUAAGUUUUUGUUUUUAAACCCACUUAAGUAUAGACAAGAUCUGUAUUUUAAUCACUCAUGUUUUUAAUAAACCUUGUAUUAAAUUGAAUUGAAUGAAAGUGUACAACUCUGUAGUAGGCUCAUACCAUGAAAAUAAAAGGAAUUGUACGAAUGCUCAAAGGCUGAUUCAGAUGUAUGUAUGGUAACAGUCUGAAGCAAUUCCUAAUUUUCAAUUACAAACAAGCAAAGUGUUCAUGAAGUUCAUAUUCUUAAGGUGAAAACAGUGAAAAUAACUUUUAAAGAUUCACCCAGAUGUACUUUGAUGUUCCCAGCAUGCAUUGUAAUAUCCAUGGUUAAAAGUACAAAUGUAUAUCCUUCCCAAAGUAUUGCUUAGAAAAUGUGUUAUUCAACAAGUGAGCUUAUAAUCAGAAAAGCAUAUCUAAUAUCAGGAUACAUUACAGGGAAAACAUAUUUUUGGAAAACAUGGUUAUUUUAGUCAUCAAUGCGUGUCUGAGGUCGAGAUGUAAUGAGGUUACUUUACAAAUUGAAAGCAAACCUCUACUAAUGACAAAAACAGAUCUAGCAAAACAUGAAUGUGAUUUUCAGGAUGAUUUGGGAGAGAAUGGCAUAAAUCUAGCCUGGGGGUGGGGGUGGGGAGGGCACCCCUCCUCCUCCUCCUCCCCUGAAAGACAUUAUUGGGACGCAAUUAAUUGUGAUUGCCGUCAGACAUUGUUAGUCACUCAUCUUUUAUGGGAGCUGCUUGGUACUAUUUCUGUUGCAUUGUACUAAUUAGAAACAUAUUUCAUGUACCCCAACAUGCAUUAUAAUUCCUGAUAUACAAACGUAACCAAAGUGUAAACACUCCCAUUAUUUCUGUUGUGUAAAGGAAGUGAAAUGUGGUUGAGUAAAGAAAGAGGUAUGAAAACUUUAA